AUGGCGCGUCGAGAAGCGUACGCUGACAUACGCGGUGUCGAAGAUGAGUUUGCAAAAACCACCAUCGCUGAUGUGAAGGAGGAGCGAAAAGACAGCAGUGCCCCAAAUGGACCUCAUGGGAAGAGAAAGUCGGUCACGAUAGCCAUGGCCGUCGUCCGUACGUAUCGAACCCGACGCAGCUUUCAGCCAAGAGGGCAAAUUCGCUGACACUAGUUUCACACGCCACAGCAGGCGAUGCGCCUGGAUACACAUCACUCUCAACGAACGCCCUACCGCCGAGCCCAGCAGAGCCAGCGACAAAUCCUGCUACAUCGGAGGAGUCCACUAGACGCAUCAAGAGAAAAUCCGGCAGGGGUGAUUUGAGCUGGCACAGGAAGAAAGGUCGACCUCCAUCUCCUUAUCCCAGUCCUCCGAAUACGAGUGACAACGGAAUGUCUGAUGACAUUUCAACUGGUCCGCCGCUAUCCUUCCCGUACAGCUCAAUGCGACCAGCCACCAUGCACGCGAUACCAGCUGAGGCCGGCUUGUUCUUUUCCGAUCAUGCAGAUGCGCACCGUGAGUACUUUGGAGCCCCAAAGCGCAAGGCUUCGGGUUUAUUCAGGAAUUUCAACGGAGAUUCUCACGUAGCGGCCAAUGGCACGAGAAACGCUUUUGCUGCUGCGGGCGAGCGCUCGGAGCAAAGAUCCUCCAUCUUCAGCACCUUUACCAGGCAAUUCAGAAGCAAGAGCUUAGGUGCCUUUGGCUUGAGUAGCAAAAGGAAACGAGAAGCAGAUGAGCCGUUUGAAGGUCCGACAGCGAGUAAGAGGCGAAGCAAACUGAGCAUCAGCCAUACAAGGGAUUACAGAGCCCAUGACAUUGAUGAGUUCUCCGGGAGCAAUAUCAACGCAGCAGAUGUCGACGCUGAAUCACAAAUGGGAGCAGAGGAGACUUUUGAGGGCAAUGCAGAAGGCAGUGCAGAAGGCAAGAGGAACACACGCGUCUUCACGCACAGACCGCGGAGGAGGACUGUCACGACGACACUCCCGUCAGGCCAGUCUAUCGAUCCUGAUGUUGCUUACCGUCGUCCAUCACCAGUCUUCCGAGAUGCCGCAGAGGAGAGCAGACACCGCAACAAUGAUGCCAUGGCGGCGCUGGAAGGAAGAACCCGGAUGGUUGAGCACAUCGACGAGGAAACGCCCGAAUAUAGAAGCUUCGCGCGCCGGUACAAGUCUUCAAAAUUCGCGGCUGCAAACGAACGGGAAGAGAUGAUGACCUUUGACGGCUUGCAAAAGAAACACAAAAGCGUGCUACCCGCUUUCACCUUCGAGACUGCACCUAGAUUCAAUCCUCUCAAUGACCCAGAAGUCGAGUCUGCUGGUCCGCCAGAGCCCAAGAGGCCGGAGACUAUGCCAGCUCAACAUGCGAAACGCACGCGAACAGAUGAGUUUCCUUUCAUCGCAGGCUCCGAGAAGCUUUCUGGAUGGCAAAAGCAGGCUAUGGAGGGAAGCGUGUCCGAGCGGAAGGACAUGAAUACGUACGACGCCAUGGACGUAGACUAUGAGGUCGACUGGCGUGGUAACAAACGGACUGUCAGCAGCUACAUCCUGGCAGCCGAGGACAAUAUUUGGCCCGAGCAGCAGGAGGAUGUGGACGAGGCAUUAUGA